AUGGCUGCAGUGGACGCAACAUUUUCUGUUGUCAAAGAUCUGUGGAGCUUCUUCAACUGGGAAUUGUGGUCAAAUGGCUUGCCUCUAGUCGUCAUGGCAAUAAUUGUUUGGGCCAUCCCCAUCAUCGCUAUCUUCACACCCGGAACACUGACUGUUCAGUUGAGUACAAGAGCCAAUAGUACCAUCGUGCAGCGUCCGAUAUCCAGCCUGAAUUACUCUGCAGUUCGACAAUUCGGCCAAAUUGGCAUGGGCGCUGAUUACCGUUUCAUGGGCCCAUCGAGCGGGAUUUCACGCCUGAUGGCCACAGUAGCAGCCCAAGGUUCUAUGCUCAACCCCCCAGCCCCCUACGCCAACUGCUCUUAUCAUCUUGAAUUUUAUGGGCCAUCCCUCUCCUGCGGCUCCGCAACAUCUACCAACACUACGAGGAUAGCCGAGAUCAUCAAUCCUCAAGGCCAAGAAGACCCAAGGCCAUUCGUCAGCUUCGUGCCAUUCAGCGGAGGCAAUAACAACGAGACGGAUGCAGCACUUCAUGGCCUACAGUAUACCCUCCAGGGAGGGUCAACUGCGGCCCAAAGCUCGACAUACGACGCGGUGUCUAACGAUCAUGGAAGAAUCUACAUUGUCAUAAACGACAAGUUAGGCGGCAAUUUCGGGUGGGCAGCCAAUAAGACCAUCGAAUGUGGCCUCUAUAACACGUCCUACGGCGUGGAUUUUGCGUUCAGCAAUGGGCAGCCGAACCUAAACAUCGUCAACGCCACACGUCUCAAUGGUGUAGCCAGCGACGCCGCGCUUGCCAUGUGCAAUUCCGAAACUAGUCGCAAUGAGGCAUCCGUGUGCUCGCCGGAAGCGGUAGCGUACAUUGCCUUGUUGAACGCCUUCGGUCAGCAGCUUCUGGGAUAUCUUGAACAGUCACACUACGGACACAUCUGGUCUCUCCAAACGCAAGUCGCCAAGACUGUAUUCAUGGACACCAACGAGCUGUAUGAAGCUCAAUACUAUAUGAACAACGGAAAGCAUGCAGACACGCAGCCCGUCGAUGCUAUGGGGAUGGCCGAAGCACUAGAAGAAGUAUUUUCCAAUGCUACUCUCAGUCUCUUCAGCAAGACCUCAUUUCUAGAAAACGAGACAGCCGCAGCGAUUGUGCCAGUCGCAGUGCUCACUCCACAGAACGCUUUUGUCUACCGCCCUCGCAACCUCCUGAUCUCGUAUAUCAGCGGGGUGACAGCUACUGCGAUAUGCGUGCUAGUAGGCUUCGUCUGCAUCUCGAAAGCCUCGUCAGAAGCUUUCGGUACAUCUUUCUCCACAAUCAUAAGGACGACACGAAAUCCAGAGCUGGACAAACUCGUACCUCCGGCUGAAACCAGCGGUGCUGAGCCAUUAAGCAAAGGACUUGCCGCGAUCAAGCUACGGCUUGUUCGGGGGAAGAAGCCACUGUCGCAGGGCGAGAGUGAUAUGGAGGGUGAUGUUGAUGCCGAGAAUACCAGUGGGGGCGAUUGGAGCUGUUUCGCUAUCCCGCAGGAUCCUCAUGAUCUGGAAUCAGCACCGUCUUUGAAAUGGAGGGGGAAGGCCAAGACUCCUGCCUCGGAAGUCGACGUUGAUUCUCUGCUGAUGCCGGACGAAUAA